AUCUCGCGCAGGCGUGCUAGCUCCCUGUCGCUAUGCGGGUGCUUGUAGGUGGCGGGACGGGAUUCAUUGGGACAGCCCUAACCCAGCUGCUGAAAGCCAGGGGCCACGAAGUUAAAUUGGUCUCCAGACAGCCUGGCCCGGGUCGAAUUACGUGGAGUGAACUCAGUGAGUCGGGGCUGCCCCUCUGCGAUGUUGUCGUCAACCUGGCUGGAGAGAAUAUCCUCAACCCUCUGCGAAGAUGGAAUGAAACCUUCCAAAAAGAGGUUCUUACCAGCCGCUUGGAUACCACCCACUUGCUAGCCAAAGCCAUCACUGAAGCUGCACACCCACCUCAGGCUUGGAUUCUAGUCACAGGUGUAGCUUACUACCAGCCAAGCCUGACUAAGGAGUAUGAUGAAGACAGCCCAGGAGGGGAUUUUGACUUUUUCUCCAACCUGGUAACCAAAUGGGAAGCAGCAGCCAGGCUUCCUGGAGAGUCUACACGCCAGGUUGUGGUACGUUCAGGGGUUGUGCUGGGCCGUGGAGGCGGCGCCAUCAGCCACAUGCUUCUGCCCUUCCGCCUGGGCCUAGGAGGCCCCAUCGGUUCAGGUCGCCAAUUCUUCCCCUGGAUACACAUUGGUGACCUGGCAGGAAUUCUGAAUUAUGCCCUUGAAGCAAACCACGUCCAAGGAGUCCUGAAUGGAGUGGCUCCAGCAUCUACAACUACCAAUGCUGAGUUUGCCCAGGCCUUGGGUGCUGCCCUGGGCCGCCCAGCCUUCAUACCUGUCCCCAGCACUGUGGUACGAGCAGUCUUUGGAGAACGUGCCAUCAUGCUGUUGGAAGGGCAGAAAGUGGUCCCUCGGCGGACACUGGCUACUGGCUACCAGUACUCCUUCCCAGAGCUGAGGGCUGCCUUGAAGGAUGUUGUAGCCUGAGCAGAGAAGGAGCCCCAAGGCAGAAGCUGGGGCCUGCUCCUGCAUUCUGAGAAGUGGGUCAGGUGAUGACCCCUGCACUUGAGAUCAGAAGCCAUCUGGGUCUUAGACUCUGCCCGCCCCCUUUCUUCCCAUGUUCGUUGAUCCACCCCUAUCUGAGAAACUCCAGCCUCAAGGAUAUAAUCUCAUUCUAACCUUCACCUCUUCAACUUCUUGUGGCUUCUGUGUCACAUUGUUGCCCUGGUUCUCCUAUAUGCUGUGUAGACAAUGUUCUACAGUUGCGGCAAUAAAGAUAGAAUAUGUCGUCGCUAGA